CUUCAACUCCAGUUGGACUCUGAUGGUUCCUCUUACAUUUUUUAAUUCCAAUUCUGGGUAUAAAACUCCAUGAUCGGUUCCUCUGGUAUGGAAAUAGUCCUGGUUGGUGGUAAAGUGGUAGUUUCGUCAAAGAGUGGGCAUAGAUUUUGUCACAAGUGAUCUCAUAUGGACAAGCUUCUUCUACUUCUCAAUCGUCAACGCCAAAACCAAAAGAUUAAAGAGUCAUUUUUGAUUCCAUUACUUACCGUGAAACCCAUCACUUUGAUUAUUCAAAGCUUAAGUCUUUGUUGCCAGAAAAAACAAAGCUUUAAUCUUUUUUCACUCGGUAUUGUAUAAAACCCCAGAAGCCAGAACCAGCUUUUGAUCUCAAAGUUGGAAUCUUUCACCAAACUUCAGACCAGAACCACCAUCCAUGGCGUUUAUUUUCACUUUCUGAUUCUGCUCCUGUCUCUUUUGGCGAUUCAAUCCCAGUGUUUUUACUUUAAUCCCUGAAUAUCAUCAUCUGGGUUGUUUUAAUAUCCCCUCAAACCUCGGAUUUCAUUCUGUGCUUGUGUAAUUCUGGUCGGAAUCGGAGAUGGGACUGACGGAGGACCAUCCGGGGAAGUUGGUGCUGAGUCAACUCGUUGACUCGGUGAAGGCGAUAUCCGAGUUGCCGGAGUGCAGGAACGUGUUUAGGAAGAUGUAUGGGAACUUUGUGAGGAGAAUUAAGCUAUUGAGUCCUUUGUUUGAGGAGUUGAGGGAUAGUGAUAGAGAGCUUGGGGAAGAAGAGGUUGAGGCGUUUGAAUCUCUUGGGGAGGCUUUGCAUUCGGCUCUGGUGCUCAUCAAGUCUGUCAACCAAGGCAGCAAGCUUUAUCAGGCUUUGGAAAGAGACAAGGUUAUUGUGAAGUUUCACCAAAUGACUGUUAAUAUUGAAGCAGCAUUGAGUCUAAUUCCUUAUAAACUUUUUGAUAUGUCGGAGGAGGUCUGCGAACAGAUUGAACUAGUACAUGCUCAAUUUAAAAGAGCAAAGGAAAGAAUGGACUCACUUGACUCACAACUAGAGAGGGAUUUAGUCAUAGCAGUGAGAGAUAAGGAUCCUGAUAAUGCAAUAAUUAAAAGACUUUCGGAGAAUUUGCACCUCAGAACCAUCAAUGAUCUGAAAAGUGAGUCACUUGCUUUCCAUGAAUUGGUUAUAGCAAGUGGUGGAGAUCUAGGGGACCAGUUUGCACAGAUGCAAGUUCUUUUUAAGAAGCUAAAUGACUAUGUGGUGACAGAAAACCCAGCAGUUGACAGCUUCGAACGUGACAAGAACACGAUAAAGCACAGGUCUCCGGUUAUCCCAGAUGAUUUCCGGUGUCCAAUAUCGUUAGAGUUGAUGAAAGAUCCUGUCAUUAUAUCUACUGGACAGACAUACGAAAGAUCUUGUAUUCAGAAGUGGUUGGAUGCUGGACAUAAAACUUGUCCCAAAACACAGCAGACACUAUUGCACACGGCCAUUACCCCAAACUAUUCUUUGAAGAGUCUAAUUGCUUUGUGGUGUGAGAGCAAUGGUAUUGAGCUACCCAAAAAGCAAGGCAAUAGAAACAAAAAACCAGGAUGCAGUGUUUCGGAUUGUAAUCAAGCUUCUAUUGAUUCUUUAUUAGAAAAGUUGGCAAAGGGCAGUUCAGACGAACAAAGAGCGGCUGCUGGAGAGCUCCGCUUGCUGGCAAAGAGGAAUGCAGAUAAUAGAGUGUGUAUUGCUGAUGCAGGAGCCAUCCCACUCCUUGUUGAGCUACUAUCUUCCCCAGACCCUCGAACCCAAGAGCAUGCCGUUACAGCACUCCUCAACCUUUCUAUAAAUGAGAGCAACAAGGGAGCUAUUGUCAUUGCAGGAGCUAUACCUGAUAUAGUAGAAGUUUUGAAACAUGGUAGCAUGGAGGCUAGAGAAAAUGCAGCGGCAACCCUUUUUAGCUUGUCUGUAGUAGAUGAGAAUAAGGUGCAAAUUGGAGCUGCCGGGGCUAUCCCAGCCCUUAUAAAACUGCUAUGUGAGGGGACUCCAAGAGGUAAAAAAGAUGCAGCUACAGCUAUAUUCAAUCUCUCAAUCUACCAGGGAAACAAGGCCAGAGCUGUAAGGGCUGGUAUUGUGACCCCGCUUAUGAGGUUGCUUAAAGAUGCGGGAAGUGGGAUGGUAGAUGAAGCUCUUGCAAUCCUGGCUAUUCUGGCAAGCCAUCAAGAAGGGAAGGUGGCAAUUGCUCAAGCUGACGCAAUCCCUACUUUGGUGGAAGGUAUACGUACAGGUUUACCACGCAACCGGGAGAAUGCCGCCGCAGUGUUAUGGUCAUUGUGCACAGGAGAUUUGCGGCAGUUGAAACUAGCAAGGGAACUUGGUGCAGAAGCAGCAUUGCAGGAACUCUCAGAAAAUGGCACUGAUAGAGCCAAGAGAAAAGCAGGAAAUGUUUUGGAGCUCCUUCAACGAGUUGAAGACCCUGCAGCGUCCAUAAGUCUCCAUAAUUCAUGUUCACUUCCGAGCACUAUUUCAGGAUGAAAGAAUGUAGUUUGUCGAUACACUGGGAAUGCGCAGAGAAACUAUUGUCCUACUUGGUAGUACCAUACCAUAUAAAAUGUGACUUGAUUGGCGGUGAUGUAAAAAGGGGUGCGUAUAAGAUUCAAAUGA